AUGGCGGAGUCUAGCAAGGCCAUUAACCCUAUGAAGCAGAAGUGGGAUGGUUUGGUGCUUCCUGGCGGCCUCGAUUGGGAGUACAGAGGACUUGUCGAUGCAGCAGCAAUGCGGGAUGAGAUCGAGGAUCAGAGGCACUGCGUUCACUGCCACGGCAGCAACAUUGCAGCAUCCUUCGUCCUUUGUCGUCCAAAUCACGACCACCAUCGACAUCUCAUCUCGCACAACCACCAGCACCGUUUUCAACAACCGCAUCUCGCUCCGUUGGCUCCAUCGACCACAGUGCUUUGGCAUCACGAACAUGACCGCGCCGAGUGGAACCGCACUCUUCCUUUGCACCAGCUGACCCUGUAUCCCUUUUUCUCCCCUUCGCUUCUCCCCACGAAACAGGAGCUCAAGGUUGACAAGCUCGUUGUCAACAUCUCCGUUGGUGAGUCGGGUGAUAGGCUCACCCGUGCCACCAAGGUGCUCGAGCAGCUCACUGGUCAGACCCCCGUCACCAGCAAGGCUCGCUACACCCUCCGUGGUUUCGGUAUCCGCCGUAACGAGAAGAUCGCCUGCCACGUCACCAUCCGCGGCCCCAAGGCCGAGGAGAUCAUCGAGCGCGGUCUCAAGGUCAAGGAGUACGAGCUCCGCCGCCGAAACUUCUCCGACACCGGCAACUUCGGUUUCGGUAUCACCGAGCACAUCGACCUCGGCAUCAAGUACGACCCCUCCAUCGGUAUCUUUGGCAUGGACUUCUUCGUCUGCAUGACCCGUGCCGGCUCCCGUGUCGCUCGCCGCAAGCAGCGCGUCGCCCGCGUCGGUGCCCCCCACCGUGUCAAGAAGGAGGAGACCGCCGCUUGGUUCAAGCAGCGCUUCGACGGUAUCAUCAUGCGCUAA